AUGCGCGGGAGAUGCGCGACGUGCGGAGCGCGUUUCAGGUUGAGGAGAGCGGCCGGCGCAGCACGGAGGGAGCGGAAGGAGAGGAAGGGCGGCGGCGCAGAGGACACGUGGGCAGCGGAAUCAAUGCGGGUGAAAGAGGCGGAAGCGGAGGGUUUGGCGGAGGGUGCGGCGGAGGACGGGGAGGCGGGCGGAAAGGACGAGGGGGACGAGGAUUCAGAGGGGAGAGGGGAGGGAGAGGCGGGGGAAGAGGAGGGAAGGAGAGGAGAGACGGUGCGCAAGAUGGCCUGCGCGCCCCCCGCCAUAAGAUCCCCCCGUUCCGCCAGCGCGCAGGCGUCUCCCAGGGGAUGGGGGCGAGCGGACAGGGCGCAGUGGGAUUACCCCAGGGGCAGCGCAGAAGCAGGGGGGGCGAUUUCCCCCCGGCCAGGGGGGGGGACGGGUAGGGCGCAGUGGGAUUACCCCAGGGGCACCGCGGAAGCAGGGGGGGCGAACUCCCCCUAUCCUGCCAGUGCGCAAGUAGCGCCCAGGGGAAGAGCGGGGGGGGCAGAUAAGGCGCAGGGGGCAUGCGCCAGAGGCAGCGCGGAAGCACAGGGGGCGAGUUCUGCCCUUUCCGCCAGUGCGCAGUUCUCUCCCCGCUCCGCUACACAGCGCUCCCCUUUGCACCGCUCUCCACACCCUUCAACCACGUCCUCCCAGCCCCUUACCUUUGACAACCGCUCCUCCUCUCCACACGUCCGCUCCCCGCGCCCCUUGUCAUCCCAACCGCGCUCUCCCCGCGUCCCCUCGCCCCAUCCCCUUUUUACUCAACCCCCUUCACCUCAACCCCCGUGUCCGUCCCCCACCUCCCCUCAACCCCCCACUUCUCAACCCCCCUCUCCCCAGUCCUCCGCUCUCCUCCCCCCCUCCCCCCGCGCCACCUCUGGCGCGCCCCCGAAGUCCCCCCGCGCCCCACGUGACGCAGCGCAAAAAUCCCCUCGCACCGCACGCAAACCCUCCCGUUCCCCCCUCACGUCCUUUGACUCGUCCUGUCUCCCAUCCCUCCAAUCCCACUCCUCUCCCUUCGACACUCCUCAGAAUCCUUCUCUAAGUUCAGGAGCAGCUGCAGCUGUUGGGAUUGGUGAGAAGCGGUGCCUGAAACAGCAGGUGAGACAGGUGAACCCGCAGGUGAACCCGCAGGUGAACCCGCAGGUGAACCCGCAGGUGAACCCCCAGGUGAACCCGCAGGUGAACCCCCAGGUGAACCCGCAGGUGUCCCCGCAGGGGCAGGGCUACGUGCAACAACAGGUGAACCCGCAACAAGCGCCAAUCCUGCAGCGUCAACAGCUUUCACAACAGCAGAACCAGCGGCAGCAGCAGCAGCAGCAGCAGCAGCAGCAGCAGCAGCAGCAGCAGCAGCAGCAGCAGCAGCAGCAGCCACAGCAGCAGCGUCUUAACCCCAGGGCUGAUGAGAGUCCUGUUGGAACCAGCACUGCUGUCGGCACUCGCACUGCUCCUCCUCCUGCUGCUGACCCGAACCACACAGGGCGAGAUGCUGCACUUGUUGCACCUGCUGUACCUCCCACCCCUGCCACUCCUGCCACCCCUGCCACUCCUGCCACUCCUGCCGCACCUGUUAGCAUUUCCGCACCUCCUACCCCUGCCACCCCUUGGAAGAGUGUGUCGCCUCACAAGGCUGCGAGCACUAUCCUCUUCCCCUCACUCUACCUCAUCCUCUGCUCACUCCUCCCCUCAUUCCUCCUCGCCCUCACUCCACCGCUCCCCGUGUAUCUAGAGUUGUGCCGUUUAGAGCUGGGAGAGAAUGUGCUGGUGGGGAAUCUAGGGUUGGGGCUGUGGGUGGGAGAGAGGCGUGCGGGUCACGUGCUGUUGGUGGAAAGGAGGAUGGAGCAGGAGCAGGAACAGCAAGGAAGGGGGGAGUGGCAGGGGGGGAAGGAGCAUCAGGGCGCGGAGGGGCAGCAGGGAGGUGGGGAGCAGCAGGGAGGUGGGGAGCAGCAGGGAAGGUGCGUGGGGGGGGGCACAGGAAGAGCCCGUCCAUGGGGGCACUGCCUUCCAUGGUGA